AUGCGAACAAAUAGAGCUGACUCCAGCGGCGCAAGCUGCAGCUGCUGUUCCCUAAUCUCUUUUGGUCUAGCCAUUUUUUACCUUUGGGCAAAUUUUCAUCUUUCAAACCCAAAGUGCUCCAUACAAGACUUCUAUCUUCCAGCUCUCAACAACUCUUUAAACUCCGCAGACAACUCCAUUCUUUACUUCCAGUUAAAGCUUAAAAACUCCAACAAACUCAAAGGUAUUUACUACGAUCCUGUAAACGUCACCCUAGUCAACAAAUCAAAUACCACUACCUACAUUGGAAACUAUGUUGUUCCCAAAUUUUAUCAGGGCUUCAGGAAGACAGCUGAGAAGGAUGGCAGUGUUGACGUUGAUAAGGAAGUGGUUAAAAGCGCCGUUUUUGACAACGGGACGGCGAUUUUCGGGGUUGAUUUGGCGACAGCCGUGAGAUUCAAGGGCUUUUUCUGGACGACUAAGAGGCAUCGGAUCAGGGUUGGGGCCGAUGUGGAGGUCAACGAUCAAGCUUAUGAGUCCUCUAACGGAUCACAUUAUGUUCUGCUUACCCAUGGUGAGCUGAAGCAACAGCAAAUUAGAGGAUAUGAAUGCGAUCACUUAGGAAAUUAUUCUGUUUUGGGAUUAUCUGCCUCAAGUUCUUUUUGA